GCAAAAAAGGGGGUGGAGCUGCUUGAAGUUGUAAACAGCAUGCUAGGAAAUUCCUACUAGCUAGUCAGAUCGCUGUCUACCAUAGUCUAACCAUACCUAUAUGGUAUAAUUACUUAGCUGUCACUGGACCAUAAUUUAUAUACUAGAGUCUUGAAUAUUGUAGCUCUCAGUGGACUCUUAGAUCUCUAAGUCACUGUUCAGAGGAUGAGCUCAACUGAAUCACCAACUACAGCCGACUCUGCUGAGGGUCUAAGCCUGCCCUCCAGUGAGGCUGUAGCUGUGAUCGUAUCCAUUGCUGGUGUGGGAACGAUUCUAGUGCUACUGGUACUCAUCAUUGUCAUGGCCAUGAGACGCUACUCGUACAUCAAGAGAAGGCGAUCACGAGGAAUAAUAAGCGAGCACUUCGGUCGCAACUCAAUGAGAGCUUCUCAACGGAGCCAGCGGAUCAGCCGAUUGGUUGCCGAGGCCAGCGAGGGACCCUCCACCACAAACACCUUCAACAUCAACACUCAGUUGCUCCCUGAGGCCACCAAGACCAGCCCCUUCCCUCCCCCUCCCGACAACACGUUCCCAUCGUCGGCACCUGUCGAGAUUGAACUAGAGAAGAAAGACCUUGACCUGAGCUUCCUCAAUACGAGCACCAUGGAUACAACGGCCCCUAGGCAGUUCCCCAGUAGCGAUCUACUCUUACUCGAUAAGUUAGGAGAGGGAGAAUACGGUCCUAUUUAUAGAGGAGAUGCGUACAAUCUUGAGCAAGACAACCAGUCGAGGCCAGUCACAGUAAAGAUGCUCGCUCAGCAGUACACAAGUGGAGAUCGAACUAUGUUCAACAACGAUAUCGAAAUGCUCACUUCAAUUGUGCACAUCAAUGUCGUCACUCUCCUUGCCAUGUGUACCGAUGAUUCGCCUGAAUGCAUCCUGCUAGACGCCGGUCUUCCUGGUGACCUUUUAACCUUUAUCAGAGACAAGAAACAAGAAGUCUCCCCUCUGGGACCAACAGUGCAAGAAACGUACAAUAUUCUCAAGAUUGCCGAUGAGAUAAGUAUAGGGAUGUCGUAUUUAGCUUCGGAGAGGUUUGUGCACAAAGAUCUAUCGCUGCGAAACUGCAUCAUUGGAUAUAGCGGAGUCGUGAAGAUUGCUCAUUUUGGCCUGGGGCCAGUGUUGUACCCGGAGGCUUAUUAUCGAGUGCAUGAUAUCGAUCUGCCAAUUCGUUGGAUGUCCCCUGAGGCCAUAACUUCGUCGCAAUUCACAUCGGCUAGUGAUGUGUGGGCAUUUGGGGUGGUGCUUUUCGAGCUCUUCUCUUAUGGGGAACUUCCUUUUGACGAGAAAAGCAACGAAGAAGUUAUUUCGUACGUGGUGAGGGAGUUUGGGAAGUUAAAAUGUCCUCAUCGAUGUUCUGCGGAGAUUUUCGAGAUUCCACAAAGUUGUUGGGCCACAGAUCCGAAACUGCGUCCAAACUUUGCUUAUCUGCAUGACCAGAUCUUCAGAAUGACGGGGCAAACAGACGUAUCGGGAUCUGUGAGUACAUUCGGUUCAUCUCCCAUUCCAGUUCUGGAAUCAGGAAUGAGAUAAAUACAUACACACACACACACACACACACACACACACACACACACACACUGGAGUUAUAAUUAUAGGCGGAAGUUUUACAUAGGUACUAUAGCAUUUUAAAUGGUGCACCUCUUUUCUUUAUUGCACUUGUCACUUGAGUAACACUGAUUAUUAGAAAUAGAAAAUAGCUUUUUUUCUGUUAGCCUACAUACCAUUGUUUUGUUUUGUUGUUAUCAUUAAUUUUUAUGUGCAGAAUAUUAUUUACAAGAACAGG